GAGGCACGCAGGGCGGACGGCACGGCGGAGCCCGCCCGCGCGCCGCGGGGGCACCCGCGGGGGGCUCUGCGCUGCGGGGGCUCCCUUUCGCGGCGCUGCAGGCAGUCCGAUGCCGCGGCGCACAGGGCGCGCCCGGGGGGGCCCGUGCCGAGGGGGGGCGGCGGGGCAGGGGCCGUGCCCUCCGAGGGCACCGCCGGGCGAGGAGGGCCAGGGGAGCGGCGAGGCAGCAUCAGCCAGCCGGCCUCGCAGCGGGAGAUCCCCAUCGCAUCGGCACGGACCAGGGAGGUGAGGAGGAGACGGAGGAGGACUGCGUCCAAACAGGAUAGACAGAAACGUGCAGCGGACGCCGCGGCGGGCCAGGGCGCCCGACGUUUCGGCGGUGCCCGGGCUGCCAUGGAGGUCGCCGGCAGACACUGCUACGGCUGAGGGCAGAGUACAGUACGUUGGGUUCACGCGGCGUCGGGAGGGCGGGGACGGAGCGAGCGGCUGCACAAGUGGCGCCCAGCCGGUGUCAACAAAAAGCACACGCGCCCGCCCAGCAGGGGGGAGGAGCCCCCCCCCCCCUCCUCGCGACGUUUGCUUCACGACGGGGUCUGGGCAUUGCUUGAGCAGGGACCGACCGUCCCGGCAUUCCUAUAGUCCUACCACGAAAUGUUUUUAGAACCCAGA